GCCAAAACAUCGCGAGAUUUCGGUAAUCCACAGAGGUCGUGAGGUCGACUCAUUUGACCAACCUCCUUUGCGUUUUUCCGGAGUGAAGCGUGUGCGCCCCGAGCGGUGAAAAUAAAGCCGAAUUUUACCUUCUCACAAAACCUGGUAAUCAACAAUAUAUCGCAGAAGCAGAGCCUUGUAAUAUUUGAAAGAUGGCAGACACAGAGCAAAGGAGUCCACCUCCUCAGUUAGGACCUGUGCAAUUCCUCUUGAGUAAUAAGCUGGAAGCGGCUAUGUGGCUGUCACGGCUGUUCACUGUCUACUGCUCCAUCAUGUUUAUUUUGCCACUGCUUGGGCCUCAAGCAGCUACUAACUUCUAUCAGAGGGCAUUGCUGGCAAACGCUUUGACCAGCGCUCUGCGUUUGCACCAGAGACUUCCUCACUUUCAGCUGAGCAGAGCCUUCCUGUCCCAGGCCUUACAGGAGGACAGCUGCCACUAUCUUCUCUACUCCCUCAUCCUGGUCAACUCCUACCCAAUCACAAUGAGCAUUUUUCCAGUGUUCCUCUUCUCACUUCUCCAUGCCACCAGCUACACUAAAAAAGUCCUUGAUACCUUGGGUCCAAACAGCCUUAUGUUUGUGAGGAACUUUUUGAACAAGCUCACAGCCAAUCAGCAGAACAUCUUAAAGUUUAUCGCUUGCAAUGAGAUCUUUUUGAUGCCAGCCACAGUCUUUAUGCUCUUCAGUGGCCAAGGCAGCUUGCUUCAGCCAUUCAUCUACUACAGGUUUCUCACUCUGCGCUAUUCCUCAAGACGCAACCCAUACUGCCGGACUCUGUUCACGGAGCUGAGGAUUUUACUGGAGCAUUUUGUGAUGAAGCCCAGCUGUCCAGCCAUCUUCAGGAGGAUGUGCCUCAACAGCAUUGCCUUCGUUAGUCGCCUUGCUCCCACCGGUGUCUAACUAACAUACACACACUAGUACACACAGUUCACAGAUUGGGACAGUUUUGAGAUUGACUUACAAACAAAGAAGGCCAAGUCUGAUCACUCCGAGAUGGAUGUCCUCCUCUGCACUGAAGCAUUUGCUAUGUUUGGAGAGACUAUCAAUCUGACAGACUACAUCCAAAAAACAAAACAGCAAGAUGUAUCUCUGUACACAGUUGUCUGAUAAAGGGGUACAACUGUUUUCAGUUCAUUACAGCUUUUAUAUUCAUAUUGAUUUUCAGGGGGUAGAGUGGAGCCCUUGAGAUGUUUAAUCUAAUCUUAACUGCUAGGGUAAAUAGAUAUAGCUCUUAAUAGCAAGAUGUAACGAAACACAACAUUGAGAAAUCACAUUGUCACUAGGCUUGUCCAUUUUCUUUUUUGAUUCCACUUUUAAAUGUUCUUGCUAAUUUUUUUUUCGUUGUACUGGAUUACCUUGAAAAUAUUAAUGUACCUUGCCCUGAGCCUUUCCCAAUAGUUGACAAUGAUCAGAAUGCCAUUUGGGUUCAGGAAGUUUCAGAUGUUACUUGAGGAUGCCUUUUUCAUGUGAACAUAUGAUCGAGGUGUUGUCAAAUAUUCUGUGAUUCUCAUCUGUUGUAUAGAGCCCUACACUCAACUGUUCUUUUUUUUGCCUUUAAUGCUGUUUAUGGUCAGGGGAAGUUGUAACUGCAUUUGAGAUAUUGUCAAUUAUUUGCUUGUUCAAGGCAUGUCACAAUUAUAUUUAUUGCCUCUGUUUUUAACUAUGGUCUAUGUAGAUGAAUAAAAUAAAAUAUGAUCUUAAAUUGUAA